AUGGAAUACCUCCCAGAGCCACAAAAUAGUUCAUAUUGUUAUGACAACUACAGAAAUUUUGGCUUUGGAAGGAAUUUUAAUGCUGCAUACCCCAUUCUUCAAGGACUAUCAUCUCGUAAUUGUCCAACCUAUGCACCUCCACAAAAUCUUCUAGAAUUCUCAAUAGAAGAACUCUCCAAGAGAUAUCUCUUCAUUGCCCAACUCAGUGAGUUUUUAAGGCAAAAUGUAAAAGAGGUGAUUGAAGAUAUGGAAAUCUCAAGGAGAAAUCAAGAUGAGCAAAUGAGACAAUUGGCACAACAUUUUGUUGCUGAACCAACUAAUGUCUUCCCUUGGCCAGGGGAAGAAUAUCAUGCCAUCAGUCUAAGGAGUGGAGAAGUGCUUAAUGAGGGUGAAAAUAAGGAAUUGGUGAAGCAAGAAGAAUAUAUCGGUGUACCAAGUGAGCCACCAUUUCAAGAAGUUCUUGAUAAAGAGGAUACUCCAACCAUCUCACAAUACCCAAGUUCUGAGAUCAAAGAAGUGAAGGCAAUCAACAAAAGCACCAAAAAGAGAAUUGUGACCAAGGAACAAAGAACUAUAUGCAUGAAGAACAAAAGAUCUAAAUGGAAGCUCCCAACCUCCAGCCUCGUCUCUUCUCUCUCAACGGUCCCUCACUCACGGCCUCACCCUCACCUCGUCACUCUUUUGUCUCUCCCCUCACCUCAUCAGUCGUCACUCUCAGUCUCUCACGGCCUCACCUCGUCACUCUCUCGGCCGCGCACUCAUUUGAGACUGAAGGUUGUCAUCGCAGUCUCGUGCCCCUGCGUUUGCUUCGUCGGCGGCAGAAGCAGACAGAACCAGUCAAGCAGCAUCUGCUCCCUUAAGUGGUGGUGGUCGUCGUCUUCUUGUUUCAUCGCGGUCUCAGAACCAGUCAACCAGGGAGGAGGAUCCGACAUGGAAGUGACAUGGGAGGACCAGCAAAACAUCAAUAAGUUCGGAAGAUUGAACAAUCGCUUUCAUAAGCUCGAGGAUGAGUUCAAAAUCGCCAAGGAAACAAAUGAUAAUUUGGAAGAUGCGAGCAAUGAGUUGAUUCUCACAGAUGAAGAUGUCGUUCGGUUUCAAAUAGGUGAGGUCUUUGCACAUGUGCCAAAGCAUAAAGUCGAGAAUAGGAUAGAAAAUAUAAAAGAGGUGACAAGCCAGAAACUAACAAAGCUUGAAGGAGAGAAACAAUUUGUGGUUGCUCAGAUGGUUGAACUGAUAUGAAAAUUGACAAUUCAAUAUUCCACCGGCAAGUAUACCGGGUCGUAAUAAAGUAAUAACUCGCUUAGAGUGAGGUCGAUCCCACGAGGAUUGAUUGAUUAAGCAACCUUAAUCUAUUGAUUAUUCUAGUUGAACAAGCAAGAUAAUGAGAAUUUGGUGAAUUAUAGCAACAAAAAUUUAAGUGACUGAAAAUGUAAAGGGGCGGAAGGUAAAUGACUGGGAAUUGAAAGUGCAUGAAAGUAAAUUGCUGAAGAAUAAAUGACAAGGAAAUUAAAUUGCGGAAUUGUAAAGGAAAUGUAAAAGAAUCACAAUCACGAAGGGGAAUAGAAUGAAGUAAGGAAAUGCUAAUGGGUGAGGUUCAUUUAAUGAUUAGAGAUGCUUGAAUCUUCCUGAAUUAAUGAACUUCUCUCCUCCCUUUUGCAUGCAAUGUUUAGAUCUAUGGCGCAUCAUAUGUAAUUGAGCUCCAAUUCCUUGUUUACUCAAUUUCUCAUUCAUGAUCAAAUGCUAAUUCCUUGAUCCAA